GGAAGCGUAGAAAGUUUUCUGGACGGGGCGCGUGAACGAGCGGCGCAGGACCCCGCGCGCCCCCUGCAGGCCGACGGCGGGAUCGGCGGCGCCGUCUCCCCGUGGCACGGUCUCCCCAGCGCCGGGCAAGAAGAAGAGCGGAGGCUCGGAUGGCGCUCGUCACCGUCUGUCGGUCCCCCUCGGGGAGCGGCCACUCCACUCCCACCGGAGGCAAGGAUGAGGAGGUUUCAAGGAGGAGGCAGAUGCAACGGCGCCACAGUUUUGUCAUGGUCAAAGGAGCUGCUUUGCUCCUGCAGGAAGAAGAAAAGUUGGAGUCAGUGCAAGAGGGUUCAUCAGCCCCCAUAGACCAGGGUGAAGAAGUGAAGAGUGAGAGCACAGGAGCCGGGCAACAGGAAGUCCACCUACAGCAAAUGGUGGGGCUCCUACGACCAGAAGACACCAUCCGACUGGCUGUGAGGUUGGAGUCAACACGAGCUCAUAGGAUCCGGUACUUGGUGGUUGUUUCAGCUGCAGAGAUGGAGAGGAAGAAUGAGAUGGCGUUGCUGGGUGUGGACUUCCCCGAAGAAGGCUUGGCUGGUUGCACCCUGGGAAUGGUCCUUCCCCUCUGGAGUGAUACCCAAGUCUUCCUAGAUGGUGACGGAGGCUUCAGUGUGACAUCUGGAGGGCAGACUCGUAUCUUUAAACCCAUCUCUGUCCAGACCAUGUGGUCAGCACUGCAGGUGUUGCACAAGGCAUGCGGUGAUGCUGUCUGCAACAACUAUUUCCCCGGAGGCAGCGCACUGAGCUGGACAGAGUGGUACCAGAAGGCUGUCAAUUCUGAACAGAGCUGCAUUAAUGAGUGGCUGGCCAUGGCUGACCUGGAAUCUGUGCGCCCCAGUUCUCCUGGAGUCCCCUCCGACCAGCCGACAGCACGGGAGAUGACAGAGCGGAUGAUCCGGGCCAAGCUGCGUGAGGUGAUGGCCACCACUGACCUGGAGAGCAUCACCUCUAAGGAGAUCCGGACAGAAUUGGAGCAACGAGCAGGCUGCAGCCUAAAGGACUACAAGGAAUUUAUUGACAACGAAAUGCUGCUCAUUAUGGCUCAGAUGGACCGUCCUUCCAAGAUAUUUGACUAUCUCUACUUGGGCUCUGAAUGGAAUGCAUCCAACCUUGAAGAGCUCCAAAGGAACAGAGUCAAUCACAUCCUCAAUGUAACUCGUGAGAUUGACAACUUCUUUCCAGAGCAGUUCACAUACAUGAAUAUACGGAUCUAUGAUGAGGAGGCCUCACAGUUGCUGCCACACUGGAAGGACUCCUACAGCUUCAUUUCAGCUGCCCGGGCCCAAGGUUUCCGGGUGCUGGUGCAUUGCAAGAUGGGUGUAAGCCGCUCUGGCUCCACAGUGAUUGCAUAUGCCAUGAAGGAGUAUGGCUGGUCACUAGAAAAGGCCCUUUCCUAUGUCCGGGAGAGACGACCCAUUGUCCACCCCAACCCAGGCUUCAUGAGGCAGUUAGAGCUCUACCAAGGCAUUCUGGAUGCCAGCCGACACAGCAGCCUAUGGGAGCAAAAACUAGGAGACACAUAUUCAGAAGGCUCUUCAGAUAUAAGUGAUGUCAGCAGUGAUCCCUCAGGAAGCCCAGACUAUGAGACUCUGAGCUCAGACGAGGAACCAGAAGAGACAGUGACAACCCCCCAGUAUUGCUUUCGGCCUUUGCGGGAGCCCCCUGAAGAACCCAGCCAUCCUCUGGAACCCCCUGUUGGUUCCCAAUUUGGCCUUGCGACAAUGGAGGAACCUGGGGCAUCAGAUGACUCAGGAGCCGAGGAGGUACGGAGACACCUUGCUACCAUAAGAAUACCCGAGAAGCCAGCCACAUGCAGACGGGAGCGCAUUAACCUCUAUGCAGUCAUGCGCAGCAUCAGUGAGAUGGAUAGUCCGGAGCUCAUCUCUACACCAGGAGAGUGUCCCACUGAGGAAGAGGUAUUUCUUCAUCCUGAAAGGAAGACCCCUGUGACCUCUCCGCAGAUUCCCCCAAAUGAGGAUAACGUAAAGCCACCAAAAGACUCUACAACAAAACGCUCUGUGCCAACAGGAGAGCGAACAAAGGGUUGCAGGCCUGGACGACGCGGACGCAGGGCACCUCAGGGCCAUUCCCAGCUCUGCAAGCAGCUCUCCUACCACCCAGCACCAGGCAAGGUGCGUAAAGUUGUUGGGCGCAUGGAGGGCGAUGCUCCUUCUGGCCGUAGACCUGCCUUGCAGCAUCGUCUCUCUGUGGCUCAGCUGGCAGAUGCUGCCUUGGUAGUGAGUCGGACCAAAGAGUUUGAGAGACAGACAGAUCCUGACAGCCCUCACAAGAUUCAAUUGUCUUCUUCAAAAGAGUCCCAACCUGGAAAAAAUACUGCCACAAGUUCCCUGCCCUGCGCCAGGACACGGAGGGUGGUACGCCAGACCAGUGUUGACAUGGACCCCAGCUCAGGAUGAAGUAGAGUUCCUUGCCUUUCUCCCUUCUGCUAUGAUUAAGUGGAUUCAUCCAUGAAUCCCAGAGGCAGCACAGAGGUGCAUUUGUUGUCACAGAGGCAUCCUCCUUCUGCUUAAGCAUUAGUGACAGCCUGACAGAGGGCACCUUCAAAAUACUGCCUUAGAGGAAGCACAAGGAGGACAAAAGUGGAAAGGGAGCAUCUCUUUGGGAGACUUGAACUGCUUCACAAACCCAUCUCUUCUUUCCAGGGUUGAUAGGCAGCACUGGCAGGGUGGAAAACCAGUGUUUUUGCGCAACUUCAUUCCGUCCACUGUUUCAAACUUUCUGAUAACUCUGAAGCCUUCAUAAACCCAUGUUCUAUACAGCAGGGCAGUUCUACUUAUUCCUUAAACUUGCUUUGGUUGCCACUAAGCUUGCAGGAGCAAGACCAGGGCAACAGCCUUUCACUGUGAUCCAGCUGGGGAACAAAUUGCCAUUCUUUAUUUUUGCACAAACACUAUACCAUAGCCAAUUUUGCUUAGUCUGAAAAUAAAAGUAUUCCCUCACUUUCCA